CCAUUUAAUCAAAACAAUGUUUAUCCAAAAAUGAAUUGAAUGCCAGUAGAAAUUACCUCCUUUAAAAGACCAUGUACAUUACUCUUCAUUGUGACUGAAUGAAUUUUGCAAUACUUAAACAUAUAUAACAUGAGGAUAUAUAAUUUACACAUUGACUAAUAUAUGGAAGUAUAAAAAACGACUUGACAACCGUCAUGCAAUCUCAACGACACAUGGGUGUAGAGCGUAUGGAGAUGGAUAUAGCAGAGAUAAAUGCUGUAAGGAAAUUUGGUGCGAAGUUUGUAGACAACAUUUAUCCUAUUCCAAUGGCAAAUGUUCUUAGAAAAAACUGCAUAAUCGACGAACCAUUUUACCGAGAAAUUCUUCAGAUGCAAAGUAAUCAUGCUCCCCGUAGAUAUGUGUGCGAAACACUAGUUAAUGAGACAACAAAGAACUGUAACCUUACUCAGCUUAUACAAGUAUUAUAUUAUAACGGAUUCAAGGAUCUUGCAAAAGAAUUAUUCCUUUGUUACCAAGAAAGUAGAAACGAAGUGGCCGUUUACCGUUUUAAUCGAGCAGACACUAGUAAUAGGCGUAAAAUUGGUAAUUUUUUUAAGCAUAUCAAACAGCUUGUUCAUGCAAUGGCAUUCAAUGAUGCUUAUUCUGAUGUUCAGGAAAUGGGAGAAACAAUUAAAAAACGAAUCUCCAAUACCGAUGAUCCUGUGGAAAGAAUGAUUAAAUGCGAUAAAUUUGUUGCAUUGAAAGCUGCAGAAAUGGAUGCACUGACAAAUAUUGCAGGAAUAGUAAGCAAAAAUCACCCUGGUUAUUUGGAAAUGGGACGAUAUAUUUCAAGUACAACUAACCCCGCACUUUCAGAGGUAAUUCUUUAUGGAAGACAAUCGGAUGUUCUUUCUACUAUCGGCGAGUUUCAAGAAGCAGAAGAUUUUAUGCGACAAGCAUUAGUAAGUGCUGAUACCAGUUGUUCAUGUGUAGAAGUAACAGAUAUGAUUUAUAAAAAUGUGGUUGUAAAACUAUCGAAAUUUGAAAAACAUCCAUAUGACGAAGAACUAAGAAAAUCAAUUCUGUUAGAAGCUGACCGCGGACUUUGGACAUUAGAGGGCGAAUCAGACGAUUUGCGAAUAUUUUGGACGAAAUUAUUUCUUUUGCGAAUGGUGUUUGCCCAUCUCGGUAUCGGAAAGUUUUGUGAUAUUGUGCAGAAUUAUGUUCCAAGCAGGGAGUCUAUUAUAGAAGCUGAACGAAUUCUACAACUUGAUGAACUAAAAGAUCUAGAACAUCGUAGACAAAUGUUCAUUGCUGUUGCUAGAGCUAGGUUGGAAGAAUGAAAAUAUGAUAUGGAAGCUGCUAUGAAUCAUUUACAGAGAGCAAGGGAACUGGCGAAAGAGGGAAAUUAUGCUGAAGACCGAGCACUUGCAGUUUAUGAUAUCCUUCUUAAAAAGAAUCAAAGUGAAACAUAUCCCAAUCAACACAAUAGACACGACUAUGGAAUAGAAGAACAAUACGGCCUUGUUUCGAAUUUGAAAUCUAUUAUUUCGCCUUCAUCAAUAGACGAUUCAACUGAUCAAAAGAAUUAUUUCACCACAAACAACGACAGCCAAUGUCAAUCAAGAAGAAGAAUACAAUUAGAAACUGAAAGGACUGUUAGUGUUACAACCUUAACAAGAAGUCUAGAGCAUCUUGAUCCCCAGUCUCCGUUAGCAAAUAAUGUUGAAUCAGUUUUCUCUAAUAUUUCUACAAAUGAGAGUUUGGAACAUCUCGAUCCAAUCUCUAUGCAGGCAAAUUAUUCUCAACCAUCAUUGGGUAAUACAGGAGCACCACAUGAAAUAUAUGAGAAUUUUUGUCCAACUUCGAAUGUGGUAUCCAGCCAAUCUGAGACAUCUUUAGACUCCCACGAUGAUUCUUAUCCUUCUUUGGAACAUUUACAUACAUCUUCAUUUGAAAGCUAAAAUGAAUCAUCUUAUAAACAAGAAUUGCUUGCUUAAACGUCGUGUAACUUCAAACUGAGUUCCAACUAAUUUGUUACUGUAUUCUUUUUUCUGUCUCCGACUGUGGAAUAACUGCUAUCACUACCAAAAAAUUACACUUUACCACUAAAGUUUUAUUAUUAAGAUGUAUAUGUUUGUUUUUCAGACAUUACAGAUUAAUGAACUGAAAAAAAUGUAUAUUCAAAUAUAAUUAUUAUUCAGACAUUGCAGAUUGUCGUACUUCAAAAUAUGCGUUUACCAACAAGAGGUAGAAUUUAUAAAUUUAUUCGUAAAUUCGAGACAAUAUUAGCUUACCGAUGUUCAAAUCUCAUCAAUCAAUUUAUUAUUUAUUAUAUCAUGAAAUUGCUAGACUUCGAUCGAAAACGUAUUUGUCGAGUAGAUGGAAUGUCAGUAUUCUAAUGUGUGAUAACUGUGCAUUCCUAAUAGUCGACCAAGUAGUAAAGUGCAAGAUAAAACUAUAAGAAAACAGACAUACACCAAUAUUUAUAUUUCCACUCAUAUCAUCCGUCGCAUACAAAGCUGAGCAUUCCUUAUUGUCUGGCAUUGUUGUGAAUGAAGAACAAUUCGUUUAACAAGAAAAAAAUAUCUCACUAAAUUAUUAGAAAACGGCAUUAUACAAGCUUCACAAGAUACAUUAUCCUGAGACACUAUCACAACUCUGUACAACAUGCGGAAGUAUAGAGAGUAUCUUCUAAUGCCGUGUGUUACUACGCAUGACCCAAGAAUAACGUAAAUUUAUAUUGCAACAAAGGAAAAUUUUCCAAUUUUGUUUCGAAGUGAAAGUGAAAAUGUCUUAAAAGAAAAUCGUAUUAUCCAUAGUCGACAUCAACCUAGCAACAAAAAGAAACGAUUAACAGGGGCCUAUUAUUAUUGUAUAUAUAUAUUAAAGAUACAGAAAUUUACCUUCGUGAGAGAGUAGGAAUCCACAAGCAACGUAAUCAUGAAAAAAGUACGCGACAAAUAGCGUGAGUGAAGAACUUGAACAGUUACUAUGUGAACACAAUAAAUUCAAAAUUUUCACAUUCUAUA